CAUUUUACGUGGAUGCGCAUUUGCCUUCGUCGUUUCGGCAACCUCCGGCUUGGACCGUAAAUACACGGAAAGGGCCGAGCGGCAGCGGAGCUGUCCGGAACAUCCGGCCGUGGCUUCUGAACAUAAACAGCUAUGGCGGAGGCAGCAGCAGCGUCUGUGGCGGCUUCGGGAGUGAUAGGAGGUUGGACCAAACACGUAACCUGCAGGUAUUUCAUGCACGGUCUCUGCAAGGAAGGAGAGAACUGCCGGUAUUCCCACGAUCUGGCUAGCAGCAAACCCGCAGCCAUGCUUUGCAAGUUCUUCCAAAAGGGAAACUGUGUGUUCGGAGAGCGCUGCAGGCUCAUUUUUCCCCGUGCGUCACCAGUUUCCAGUCGCCUCAGCGUUUGUUUAAAUCCACAGGUCUUGUGGUCGAUGAGUAGAGAACUGGUCUGUCAGGUGUUAUCAGCCAAUCACAGUGACAGGAAGUGGGGGCCGCCGCCGCCGCCUGUCCCAGGGGCUCAGGACUGGGUCAACGCCGCAGAGUUCGUUCCAGGACAGCCGUACUGCGGCCGGGCUGAACAGGUGACGCCGGAGAGCUCCGCCCCUCUGGUCAAGGAGUCGGACAGCGACGCUCCGCCGCAGGACAAAGAGCUGAAGAAGCAGCUGUGUCCGUACGCAGCGGUCGGAGAGUGCCGCUACGGCGUCAACUGCGCGUAUCUCCACGGCGACGUGUGCGACAUGUGUGGCCUACAGGUGCUGCACCCUACGGACAACGGUCAGCGCUCCGAACACACGAAGGCGUGCAUCGAGGCCCACGAGAAGGACAUGGAGAUCUCGUUCGCCAUCCAACGCAGCAAGGACAUGAUGUGCGGCGUGUGCAUGGAGGUGGUGUUCGAGAAGGCCAACCCCAGCGAGCGUCGCUUCGGCAUCCUGUCCAACUGCAGCCACUGCUACUGUUUAAAGUGCAUUCGCAAGUGGAGGAGCGCCAAACAGUUUGAGAGCAAAAUCAUCAAGUCUUGUCCCGAGUGUCGAAUCACGUCUAACUUCGUCAUACCGAGCGAAUACUGGGUCGAGGAUAAAGAAGAUAAACAGAAACUGAUCCAGAAGUACAAGGACGGCAUGGGAACUAAACCGUGUCGGUACUUUGACGAGGGCCGUGGAACCUGUCCCUUUGGCUCCAACUGCUUCUACAAACACGCCUUCCCCGACGGACGACUGGAGGAGCCGCAGCCUCAGCGACGACAGACGGGGUCCAACAGCAGAAACAGGAGCUCGAGACGAACUCCUCUGUGGGACAUCUUCGACGAGCGGGACAGCACCGACUCCUUCGACAACGACGACGAGGAGAUGGUGACGUUCGAGCUGAGCGAGAUGCUCCUCAUGCUGUUGGCGGGGGGGGCCGACGACGAGGUGACGGACUCGGAGGACGAGUGGGACUUGUUUCACGAGGAGUUGGACAAUAUUUAUGAGUACUACCUAUAGCGGCCCCGCCCACUAACCCCCCCCCCCCGUGUAUAGUAGUCACUAGAACGGACCGUCUGUGUGUGAGUGAUGGACAGUAGCUUUCCACCCUCCCACCCCCGUGUAUCGUGGCAGUGCCUUUAACGAGGCCGUUAAAAAAAUGAACUCCUUAAAGAUUAAAAAAAAAAAAAAAAAAACUCCACCCACGUCCGUGCGCUCGUGCUAAACCUUUUUUGGAAACCUUUCCUUGUGGGUCAGUGUUGUGCGGUUCACGUUGAAGAGGAAAAAUAAAAACACGAACUCGAGAUCGAGUUGAACAGAAAUGAAACAUUUCUCUAAAUAUCGCUAAUUAAAGUGACGUUCGUUCGUGGGUUUGACUCGUUUAUCUUCUACUCAGACUGGUUGUACAUAUUACGAUGACUCCGACGGAGGAUGCACUCGCACGUGCUCGGCACCAUUUACUGUAGUAGCGAUGGGCAUGUCGUAAGGUUUUACACGCGGUUUCCCCGAAGACCGAAAAAAAUCGUUUCUUUAUUGAAGUUGCUCAUAGCAAAUAUAUCGUGCCGAUCUUUUAAUCGAUUUACCGUAAUCACUUUGAUGUGGUCCUGGGAGAGUGUGUACAGUGUGUACUUUGUACUCACAGGUGUUGGAGGUGUUGUACUGUUGUAACAGCAGGUGGCGCCCAGGAGCUGACAGUGGUUCUGGGCUGUCGACCAAAUCAGUCCCAGGAACCGUCCUGGUCCAGUGAUCCUGUAACAGAACAAAUGCUUUUGAGUCCGAGCUCCGAACACUCUGACGUCAUCAAUCCCCGUAUUCCCAUCCACACUUUUGGGCACGACGGCCGAUAUCGAUCCGAUAUCGCUGUUGAAAUCUGGGCACCUGGACGGACUGAAGGUCGGAGUCGGACGAUGUUUGUAAAACACCGUGUAACAAGUUAACGAACAGAAGGAAAUUCACAGAUUUAUUCAUAUGGAUUUUAUUUAAAAUGAAUUGUAAAUUUAUCAAAUAAAUGUUCACCAGUGGUCACUUGGAAAAGCAUUUUAAAUAAACAGGAUAAAAAGUCAAA